UCCUCGAUCUUCUCACCAAGGCUCACGACUUUCAACCGCCAUAAUGGCUUAUAUUCAUGUUGUCGACUCGCUCGCUCUGUCCUUAUUGUUAUGCUUCAUUUAUCACGUUUUACGUACAGCUUACAAUCAGAACAUCUCUCCGCAAGGAAUCAGAAUCCGCCAAGGGCACAUCCUUCGAAAUCAGGUCACGCAUGCUCGUUUCCUCCCAACUCCAUCUGCCCACUCAUUUACAUAUUCCACUAUUUUCAUCUUCGUCUCGCUCACCGACCUCGAGUCUUAUGGCCUCAAUUUACUCGGUGGAUGGCUAUUUCGAUAUGGGAGUGUCUGGCGCAAUGUUGUCGGCAUCCGUGCCAUAAAGUAUCUUGGCGAAAAGCACAAGGUUAUUUCGAUAAGAGCAAAGUUGGAAUAUGCUCUCUCGGAACGCGGGUUCGAUGCAAGUGUGCUCGGUGACGUCUGGAUGAUGACGAUGCCCAGCAUCUUUGGCUUCGAAGGCUUGAAUCCUUUGACCGUUUAUUUCAGCUACAACAACUCUAAUGUUCUGAAGUUUGUUGUCCUAGAGGUUCAUAAUACUUUUGGGGAGGGUCACGUAUACGUGCUCGAGGUGGGUAAUUGCGAAGACAACAACCGAGCACGAGGCUACGAUCAUCAAUGGACUUUUCCCCGAAAUUUCUUCGUUUCUCCCUUCAACGAUCGUACCGGGUUUUACACAGUUGCUGUCAAAGCACCUUCAUUGCCUUUAUCUGAUACCCCACGCCCGGUUGUCUCGAUCUACUUGUAUAUGCCAGACCCCGACAGCACCGACGCAGCAACUCCUGGAGUUGGACCGCUAAAGCUUACUGCCCUCCUCCGUACUACCACCUCCUCGCCGCUCACAACGCAUAACCUUAUCUUGUCCCUCGUGGCAAAUUUCCUGAUUCUCUUCAACACGCUCCCUCGGAUCCUCUAUCAGGCACUCAUCCUGCACUAUAGGAAAAGGCUUAACAUUUUCGCAAAACCAGAUCCGUAUCCGUCCAUACGACAAUCAAGCGGGGACCUCAAAUCAGGGGGGAUUAUAUGGCAAAAGGAAAGCUUCAUGGAGAAGUACUUCCGGCAACGUUUCUAUUCCUUUCUGCAGCGGCGAUGCCAGGAAGUUAGCAUCGUUGUCAACCUCAUCUCUGGAAAUCCUUCGGUUCCGCUUAUCACUUUCUCGUCCAAUCUGGAUGAUUCCAGCCGCCGGACCCUGUCAAUAUCCUAUACUUCCCCACAGUUUUUCAUCCAAGCCUUCCUUGCGCCCUCCGCAGAAUUCUUGCUAGCAUUGGGCACUGCCGAAGGGCUGUUCACUGUAUCUGAUAAAGAACUGUUCCUAAAAAUCUACAGCCACUCAAGCCAAUCAAACACAAUCAUGUCCCGUUUGACUCACCUCAUAAGAUCAACUGUUCUCCCUUUGGGCUCACGUGGCAAAAUCCUUCAGCCUCAUCCCCUUACUGCUCCUUCGUCUCUCACCAGUUUGUCUGAUUUUCUCGCUGUGAGCACAGUGAUGAUACUCGAUUACCUGGAAAUACUAGUGUUUAGUGCUGCUAGGGUAAGGUUCAUGAGGGGAGACGAGCCGUGGUUAAGAGCGCGUUGGGACAGGGCAUUGUUUCAUAUGGAUUUGAAGUCUGGAACUGGGUUGUCUACGGUAGAGAUUGAACAUGGAGGGUUGAGGUGAUGAUUGUAUUCCAGUUGUAACUUGUACUUGACAGGUGUGAUAUCUUGUAACUUUUUGGACCGAAACCUGGGAGCGACUUAUACAUACGUACGGACUACU